CCAUAAAAGGCUAAACGCCUAUGUCCCCUUUCUAGGCCAAACAACCUCGGAAUUCCCAUGUAAAAUACCAACCCAUGCGAUAUACUUAGCCAAGUGAUCAUGAACCAGAAACCUUCAUCAUCAGCUGGUGAUUAUGACAGUCGCGAUCAUGUUCGAGAGCUUAACCUCAUUAACUGCUUCAUCAACAACGAUCGUCAUAACGACAACGACGACGGAGAGGAGGAGGAGCGCAAGGUGUUCCCUUGCAACUACUGCCAGAGGAAGUUCUACAGCUCGCAAGCCCUCGGCGGCCACCAGAACGCGCACAAGCGAGAGCGGACGCUCGCCAAAAGAGGCCUCCGCAGCAGUAACGGUGUUUUUGCCUACCGCCCUUAUUGGCAGGUCUACUACUGCACGGCGCCGUUUGCGUUUGGUAUCCAACCCCUCUACUUCCACUCUCACUCUGCCUCUUCUUCGGCCGGAAAUCUGAUGCCGAUGCUUCGAUACCCGCGUCGGUUGGGUUGGCCGACGCCGCCGCCGGCGAAUGGUAACAGUUCGAUUAAGGGCCAAAGUGAUGGCUUGCAUAAGCUUGACCUAGCCCUCAAGCUCUAAGGUUACUAGCUAUAUAUAUGUUUCUUACGUAGUUACGUAUUUUUCUUGUUUUCCCUUUUCCUCCCCCAACCAAGAAAGAAAACUAUAGAUCCAUUUCAAGGGAGUUUCUACUACAUGUAUGUAUGUAUGUAUUCACGUAUAUGAUUGGUAUGGUGGCGUUGUGUACGUGUUAAAAUGCAUUAGCUUUCUUCUAGAUCGAUCAACCCCAACUGUACAUGGCACCGGGCCGUGUCGCUCACGGGCUAGCACGGCACGGCACGAUUAGAGCACGAGCACGAAAUAAAUGGGCCAACCGGCACUAGCACGAAUAAUUUAUGGGCCGUGCCGGGGCUAUACUUCAUGGGCACAGACACGAGCACGGCCACGACAUGGUAUAUAAGUGGGCCGUGUCGGGCCUAAUAUUUUUGAGACUUUAUUGAGUAUAAGAACGGACAUGGCACGGGAAUAAUAUUUACUUGAUAGAAAAUAAAUAUAAAAAAAAUUAUAGGUUCAAAUAUUACAAACACACAAGUAGAAAAAUAAUUAUUUGUUGUUGUUAGAUGUGUCAUAAAGAUAUAUACGUAAUUACUAACAUAAGUAAAAAUUGACAAAGAAUUAAACAAAGCCAAAUCACACUCGCUAUAUUUCCAAUUUUCAGUUCCCCCUUAUUUGUUAUUUUUCUCAAACAUUAUCGGUUAAUACUAUCUUCUCCCGUCCAAUUUUCACCUUCUUUUUCAUUCUCUCUUUUGUUUUCGUCCUUUUCAUUAAACACGAGCACGAAUAGGCACGACACGAUUCGAACCGUGCCCGGCCCUUGGCCGGGCCUAGCAAAGUUAACAAAUGGGCUUGCAUGGCACGACACGAAAAUUGACGGGUCGUGCCAAGCACGACACGAAAUAAAUAGGCUCGAAGCGUGCCCGUGCCGUGCCGGCCCAAGCACGACCCAGCGCCCAUGUACAACCCCAACCCACUAGAUCCAGCCAUUUUCAGGAUCCAAAGGUCAUCUUUGAACAUUGUCGAGAGCAGAUGCUGCGAUCAUAACAGGAUGCAAAGCCAAGCAAUCGAUGUGUGGGAGUGACGCGACGAGAUGUUUCAAUGUGAGGAUUUUAAAAGUUGGAUCUCAUAUAGAAAAAUUAUCGACGAGGGUUGAGAUUAUGUUUUGAAGAGAAUUUUCUCGCUUUUGUAGUGAUGAGAAUAGAUUGAUGAAAUCUAAUUAAAGUUUGUGAAUUUG